AUGGAAAAUAGGGACUACCGUCGCAAACUGGAUGAUGAGCUGGCUCAAUACAAGCAACGUCUGGCUUCCUACCAGGAAGGUCAACAACGUCAGUCCAAUUUAGUACAACGACUACAAACCAAAGUUUUACAAUACAAAGAAAAAUGUCGAACUUUGGAGUUGAAACUGCAAUUGGCCGAGGCAGAAAAUCAAAACAGAAAGCUGGAUCAGACAACUCAGGCAAAUCAGUCUUUAGCCUCUGAGAAUCAACGAUUUCGUGAUGAAGCAGCGCGUUUCCGAGAUUUGCUUGAACGACGCGAGGCUGAAUGGCGGAACGAGGAGGCAGCAUUCAAUGAGUAUUUCACCAUGGAACAUGGACGUUUGUUAACUUUGUGGCGUGCUGUGGUCGGUUGCAGGCGUCAAUUCGUUGAGGUUAAAGGACAAGUAGAACGCGAGAUAAGCUCGGCCCGAGCGGAUGUCGCACGCAUGUCCCGUGUGUGCCAGUCCGCUUGUGAGAACUUUGCAACCAACCUCCGUUCCACAGAGGCCAAGAAUCAGGCAAACUUGGAAUGGGAACGAACUGAAAAAAAGAAGCUGGAACGUCAAAUGGAAGAACUCACUCAGGCAAAUGAAUUGAUGCGUCAACAGUUGGAAUGCGAAUUACGACAUGUCGGUCAGCAGUUGACCGAUUCGAAAUCCCAAUUGGAAGAAGUGCAAAGAAAACUGGCAGACAAGGAACGAACAAUCAGUAGCCUACAACGACUUCGAACCGGGCAAUCAUUAUGCGGUCGUCGAGAGGGAUCGGAUAUUGAAGAUCCCGCUGCACGUGCUUUGGUCGAAGAAGUUCAGUCCAUGCAACAAGCUUUACGUGAGUUGGCGCAGGCCACAAUGCAUGGGGAUUUGGACGGAACCAGUGGAAUUGGGGAAUGUCGGCAUAGAUCACGUUCACGCUCCCCCUGUUACGCGUCCAGUCCGAGUCACGUGCGGUUGGGUGAAGUAACCUCACGAGCUGGUGCGUACGGGCGGACUGGAUCUCCACCACCACCAGUUAACUCGACCAGUGCAUGCUAUUGGGCCGAUUCCACUCUGGGGGCUGUCCAAGCUGCAUUCCAUAAACGGGGACUUCAGGUCUCGGAGUUGAGUAACAAGUUGACAAGUACCACUGAACAAUACGAGACCACAAAACGUCAACUGGACGACAGUGAGAACGAGCGAAGAACCCUGGAACAUCAACUGUUGCGCAUGCGAGCCGAGUUGGAUGCCACACGCAGGGAACGCGAAGAGGCCGGACGGGAAGCAGAUCGAUGCAAGACAUCAUUGCAAACAAUCAUGAAUGAAAAGACAGAGUCGGAGAAGAUUCGAGCCAAUCUGAUGGAUCAAGUGAAGAACCUGCAGACGGAGAUGGAACGUGUCCAGAAUAGUUGUGCUGAACUGCAACGCGCGCGUGAACGCCUUGAAGACGAUCUGAUGCAAUCCAGCCGGGAUGCAGAACGAAGUCUCCGGGAGACGGAACGGUGUCAGCGAUGUAUUGAAGGUUUGGAGGAACGUUUAUCCGCUGCCCGGGAAGAGGGAACAAGUUUGCGGGAAGCUCUACAAUGCGCUCGACUCGAGGCUGAAAUCAAAGCCACAGAACGUGCUGAUUUACAAGAUGCUCUGUCAAAAUGUGAAGCCCGCCGUGCCGAACUUGAAUCGGAUUUGACUAAGGCUCGUAAUGACGAAGCAACUUACAAUGAGCGUUUGAGUAAACAACAGGCGAGUCAAUUCCGAAUCAUGACAUAUCGGCAAGCUUUUCAGGCUCAAUUCCGAUCAUUGGAGUCGGAAUUCAAUCAGCUCGGCUUGGAGUAUCGCAGUUUGGAAGCAGAUAAAUCCGCCCUACGCGAGGCCAUGAUUCAGAUAGAAACGUCCAAAAAUGAACUGGCAGCAGAAAAGAGCGCCCUAGUUCAAUCACUAACAGUGUCCGAGGCAGCCAGAGAACGGUUAGAGGAGGAGUUGUCACGUUUCAACAAGGAGAAGAUUGAACUGGCUGAACAGUUAAACGCAGUAACCCGCCAGAAGAAUGCACUGACCAAUGAAUUAGGUCAAACAGUUCGAGACUGUGAGCGUCUGCGUGACUCGUUGGCCCGGAUAUCAAAUGAAAAGGAAGAUUUGGUCAAGGAGAAGAGUGAUCUAAGCAAUCAGGUACGGGAACUGGAGAAAGAGAUUUGUCAAUUGUCGGACACACUGACCGCAACCAAGAAAGAUCAUCAGAAUUUGGAAGCGGAAUACUACCAAAUGAAACAACAAGUGGCCCAAUUGGAGACACAUCAAGAUCUCCUAGAAAAUGAGAAUCAAGAAUUGGGCGUCAAGCGCGAGAAUCUGAUGGCUGAAUUCAAACGCGUCAAGGCUGAUCUUCAACAAGAAAUAGAACGCAUUUGUCAGGCAAGGGAUCAAGCUGCACAACAAUGUCAACAGCGCGAAAUGGAACUGCAAAAAGCGUUGCAAACCGUGAAAGAAUGCGGCGAGCAGGAAGUGAACACUGUUCGACACCAGCUGGUUGAGACCAGACAAAAUGCGGACACGGAAAUUCGGGAACUAAUCAAGACACACAAAGCAGCAAUUGCGGAACUGAAUGCACAGAUGGAUAAAGUGAAGGAAGCUCACAAUGCUGAAAUUAUGGCAUUCCAACGGGAACGAGAUGAAGCGGUCCUGGCCACGGAAGCCGAAAGACAAGCCAUUUUGUCCGCGGCCGAACAGGACCGCGCCGUACUGAACGAGCGGGCUGCACAGGCUCAGCAACAAAUCAAGGCGUUGGAAACCGAUUUGGAAAGAGUAAAACGUGAAGCGCAGGCACGUCACGAGAGAGAUAGCACGGUACAGAAUGAACUGACACAGGAAUUGAAAGAUUUUCGCAAACACUACGAGGAUACCUGCAAUAUGCAUGAGCAAAACACAAAAGAACUACAGAACAAAUUGGCAGAAGUCGUGAAUCAGCGGGACGAGGUAAUCAAAGAACUGGAGGAGUUACAAGUGCAACUAAAAUUAUUGGAUGAGGCACGGGAAGGUGUGCAACACUCUCUCACAGAGACAACACGCCGUCUGCGAGACAGUGAUGAGGCCAGGGAAACCUUAAGAAAAGAGAUAAUUGAUCUUCGCCGUGUGGUCUCUGAGAUCCAACGAGAACGUGACACUUUUGCCGAGUCCAAGGAAAAUUUGACAAAACGAGUACGUGAUUUGGAGACAGAAAAGGUGGAACAAGCUCGUCAGUUGGCCGAAGAGAAACAGACAGUAGCCACCUUGGAAGAACAAAGGUGCACAGAUCGGAAGGAACUCAGCGAACUUCGUAACUGUUUACGGGAGAGUGAGAAAUCCCGACUGGACACACGACGUGAUCUACAAGAAUUGCGACGACAAUUAAAAGAAGCUAAUACCGAGAAGGAACGGCAAGCCAAAGACAUUAUUGAACUGCAAUCUCGUUUAUCCCGAGAGGAAGAGAAGAACGAAAGUUUACGUCAAGAAAGCUUCUCAUUGAAGCAACGAUUGAGUGAACUAGAAUCUGCCAGGCAAGUGGCCACACUGAAGAAGAAUCUUGCUAGUGCCGAACGAAGAAUUUCCGAUCUUCAAGAAACGUUGGCCAGUCGCGAACGUGAAUUCAAACAAGCUAUGGAACACGCCACAUGUGAACAUCGUCGUCUCACGGAAGCUAGAAACCAACUGCAAGCAGGCUUGGAGACAGCGAACACUGAUUUGUCCGAUAUCCGUGCAGCUUUGAGCGGUUCCGAGAGCCGUGUGAAUACGCUUGAAUCACAACUGUGCCAGAAUGAGGAAAUCAGACGUGAUUUGGAGCGUAAACUGGCAUCUAUUCACAGUUCUCUACGCCGACUGAUCGGUUAUCGUCAACCGUAUCGCCAAAUAGCUACACCUGUUUGUCCCAGACGGUCCACAUCGCGCUCGCCUAUUCGCUGUGCAUUGAGAUGUUCAAGUCCGAAUCCCAGCCGGAAUGAUUCAAUAGAGAGAGACCCCGGUGCUGACCAGUCUCAAGCUAGUCGCGCGGAGAACAUGGUAAGCGGAGCGGAUCUAGAUCCGGAAUCUGUUCGUCAGGUGUUGCAUGAUUUUGUCCAACGUUUCUCCAGUGUACGACGUGACAUGGAGGAUGCCCAAGCCCAAGUCCAUUCUCUACAGUCCCGAUUGGACGAACAAACGGAACAAACGGAACAAUGGGCUCGUCGAUUGCAUCAAGUGCAGCAAGCCCUCUGUGAAGCGGAAGCAGGCAAGUUCAGGGAAUCGUGA